AUGAUAUCCAGAGGUGGAAGGCCAACUUUGAGCCAAGGAUUGGACAAGGAGAUAUAUCAAAUUGUAAGGAAAUUGGCAGAUGAACAGGCACAGAGCCAGAAGGGACCGAAGCGUCUUACGAUUUCAAUUGUCUAUGAUAGCAUUAAAAAUUCGAAUUCAAGUCUAAAAAGAAGAUCAAAAAAACUACUUGAAGACUCAAUCGACAGAGUGCUGUUGGUAUUGAAGGAAGAACAAGAUGAAAGUGAUUCCGUAGAUGGGGAUUUCGAAGGAUUAGAGGACGCGGCACCACCGUUGAAGGAACAUAACAUAAUGAAUAGAAAUAUUACCAAAAAUUGGGCAAAACCAGCAUCGAUACCAACAAUAAGUCCUAUGAACGGUACUCCUUCUGUCAGUGGGGUCGCCACACCCAUUACUUCAAUACAAACCAGUGCCAACGGCAAUGGGGAAAUCGAAUCACCUUUGAAAUCAGAUCGACAAGCCAACGGUGAACCAAAAUCGAAACGUCGGAAGGCAGAACGAGAAGUCAGGAAAGAUGCGGAUAGAGCACCACCCACGGAUAUUUCACUGGAGAAUCUUGGAGGAGUGGAUAAUGUAAUUGAAGAAUUGAAUGAGCUUGUGGCGAUGCCAAUGUUAUAUCCGGAAACAUAUAUAAGGACGGGAAUUCAACCGCCUCGAGGUGUUCUACUCCAUGGACCACCUGGUUGUGGUAAAACAAUGAUCGCAAACGCUUUUGCUGCAGAAAUAGGUGUGUCAUUCAUACCGAUUUCUGCACCAUCUUUAGUGGCUGGUAUGUCGGGAGAAUCAGAAAAGAAGAUUAGGGAUGUCUUUGACGAAGCAAAGCGCAUGGCACCUUGUCUCGUUUUCAUCGAUGAGAUUGAUGUCAUAAUGGGGAAACGUGAGAGUGCUCAGAGAGAGAUGGAAAAACGAAUCGUUGCUCAAAUGCUCACAUCCAUGGAUGAUAUGGCUUUGGAAAAAACGGGCGGUAAACCUGUCAUUAUUAUUGCUGCCACAAAUCGACCUGAUAGUCUUGAUCCGGCUCUUCGAAGAGCAGGUCGUUUUAAUAAGGAGAUUAAUCUGGGGGUCCCGAACGAAGCUGCUCGGGAGAAGAUUCUCCGCGCUCUUACUCAAAAACUUGCCUUACCCGAUGAUUUUAACUUUCAUGCUUUAGCAAAGAUGACUCCUGGAUUUGUGGGAGCUGAUCUGAAUGAUGUUGUGUCUGUUGCAGGUACAGAAGCCAUGAAGCGUAUGAUGGCAGUUUUAAAACAACAAACUGUUUCUACCAUGGAGCUCGAUACUCCGGUACAAAGUGCUACAUCCAUGGAAUUAGAUACUCCAGUAUUGAAGGAUAGCACUUCAGAAGCCCUUCUUGUUUUAAGGUCUCUAGUCGCUAAUGCAGGUGGUUCCGCUCCUGAUGGAGAUUUUUCUAUUAAAUAUACCGAUUUCCUUGCAGCCAUACCUAAAGUUCAGCCAUCAGCUAAACGAGAAGGUUUUGCAACGAUUCCAGAUACUACAUGGGCUCAUGUUGGUGCUUUACAUGAGGUACGAGAGCAACUUGAAAUGGCCAUUGUUGAACCUAUCAAACGACCAGAAUCUUUUGCUCGAGUUGGUAUUACAGCGCCAACAGGAGUUUUAUUAUGGGGACCACCUGGAUGUGGUAAAACACUUCUUGCAAAAGCCGUCGCAAAUGAAUCAAAGGCCAAUUUCAUUUCUAUCAAGGGUCCUGAACUUCUUAACAAGUAUGUGGGAGAAUCAGAAAGGGCUGUUAGACAAGUCUUUGAGCGUGCCAGAUCAUCUGUACCUUGUAUUCUAUUCUUCGAUGAACUAGAUGCAUUGGUUCCCAAACGUGAGGACUCUUUGUCAGAAGCUAGUAGCAAAGUUGUCAAUACACUCCUUACCGAACUUGAUGGUCUAAGCAACAGAGCUGGAAUUUACGUUGUAGGUGCCACUAAUCGACCUGACAUGAUUGAUCCCGCUAUGUUACGUCCAGGCCGUCUUGGUACCUCAGUCUUUGUCGACCUUCCAUCUCCAGACGAACGUGUGGAGAUUCUCAAGGCUCUAUACAGAAAAGCAUUACCAUUCGCUAGUGCACAAGAAAUCGAGGCACUGGGUCCAGUAGGAAGAGAUGAGAGAUGCAAUGGCUACAGUGGAGCGGAUUUGGGUAAUUUGCAUCAAGCUGCUGCAGUAGCAGCGUUGAAGAGGGAGAUGAGUAUGGUAGCACAGGGACAAGCAACCAUAGAAGAUGAUUUGAAGAUUAGUGGAGCUGAUUGGGAGGUUGCAUUAGGGAAGAUUAAGGCGAGUGUGAAGGAUGCAGGGAAGUACAGGAGAUUGAGGGAUAGGGGAAUGUAA